CACUUCCUGAAACACCUGUUUGUCAGGUAGCUUGCGCAGCAAAGAGGGACUACCCAGUUGCUAUCGUGCUCUACGACAUGGAACAAUUGAAUAAUCGUUAGAAACAUGGACGACGAGUUUUCAAAACGUAGAACACCAUUACUUUAGUAGCCUUGCACCAAAUUAAUCCAUCAAUACACGACAAGUCGUACUUAACACGAACAUGUUCCGACAACAUCGGAAUAUACUUUUGGACAUAUACUUUUUUCUCAUAAUUUGUUUUGGCCUGUCCAACGUGUCAGCCAUCUUAGUGAGCUCUCCUGCGGAGGUCCACGGUACUAGGGGAGACUCUGUCACACUGACCUGCACUUUCACCUCCACCAGCAGGGCCACCAGCCGCAUGUCUGUUGACUGGGCCUACCGGCCGCAGAGUGGAGGCCCUCCUCAGGCCUUCUUCCACUUUUCCUCGCUCGUCUUCCCCCCCGCUGACGGGCAGUUUAAGGGGCGUGUCCAGUGGCAGGGCAGCCCCGCCCGGGGGGAUGCCACUAUAGUGCUGCUCAAUGCCACCCUGAACGACAAUGGCACCUACACCUGCUCUGUCAGGAACCCCCCUGAUGUCCACGGGUCCCCCACCUCGCACACUGUCCUCACCAUCACCCCCCGGGCGGUAGCGGUGAGGUUCUCUGACGUUGCCGUCCUCCUGGCCUUCAUCCUACUCCCCUCGGCUGUCAUAACCAUGGCUCUGAUUGGCCGCAUGUUCUGUCCCCUUAGGGACAAGAACCAAUCACAUGCUUACCGUUCACCCAUAGAGGUCAUGGACGGCGAUGAGCACGUCCUCCAACCUAAAAACACCAAGGAGAAGAACGGCAAGUGCUGUGACCUAUAUUUGAUGGAUGACUAUGAGGAGUACUACAUCCAGAAAGAGAGGCCCCAAGAGGAGGGCAUGGCUGAGUCUCAGUGCUAGACCCCCCUGGUGGCUGAUGCUGUCAUUACAGCCGCCAUCACUGUCCUGCGAAGGGAGGAUGUGAAUUCUUUCGUUCACUUUUGGAGGGAAAAAAACUUUGGAAUUCCAGUAACCUCCCUUACUUCAAAAGGAUUCACUAAACAUCCCUCUUCCUCGCAAACAAUAAUAUGAGAUAACAAAGCCAUGGGAUUUGGUAAAGAAAAUGUUUGUUCUCCACUCAGAAGGACACCAGUCCAGCUCUCUUAAGCCCUAGCAAUGUGGAUAAGUGACGAGGAGACCAGUGAAAACCAGAUUCCUGGCUUCAGCUCUGUCGAGGAGGGUGCAAAGCUGAGUAUUCAUCCACGAGAUCCGAUAGCUUAGACACACAUACACACAUGCAUGGCUCGUACAUACUGAGCACUAUGCUUCCCUAAGAUUCCAUGUUUGUUAAAUGUGUCACUUUAUUCAAACAUUUUUUACAUGAAGGAUAAUUGUAUGGGU